CACAAUUCACCCAUCAUCCUAUACUAGUCUGAUCUUUUUGCGCGCAAGCAAAUAAGUGUACUGUGUUGUUUGUUUGUUCCAUGGCUGCAACAACGGAAAGUUGUGUAGGAAACGGAAGCAGUAAAUUGGGAAGGGAAGAGAUUGAAGACGCCAUUGCCAAAGCGGCGGAGCUGAGGGCCCUCCAUGCCGCUCUGGUGCAGGGCGAUGGCAGCCCAGCAAGUCUCAAAUUCUCUACCGCUUCAUCACCUCAUCAUCUCCCUCACUUCUCUGCACAGGAUUACCCUAGUUAUGAUGAGGAGGGGCCAUUGCCAGGCUACAAACAUCUACAUCUAGAAAACAACGUAAACUACGCUGAAACUUGCGACAAAUAUAGCGUUGGAGGAGGAAAAGGAACCGAAAGUGGAAACAGUGUAGUCCACGGAGCCGCCGAAUUCAGCAAGAUUGGAAAGAAUCCUUGUAACGUUGUUGUGCCACCAUCAGACUCUUCUGCUCAACCACAGCAACCAAAGAACAAAGGGUUGAUUUUCUCUUGGCUGAGGAAGAAAAUCAAGAACGAAUUUUCACCGCUAAGGACGACGUCGGAAUCAGAGGAUAUAGGGUCGGCAUCCAUAGAAGCAUUGAAGAAAGAGGUGAUGGCAGCGAAUGAGGACAGAGACGCAGCACUGAUGGAAGUUGCAGAAACAAAAUCUUCUAUCGGGGAAAUCAGGGGAAAAUUGGAGUACUUGGAGAGAUACUGUGGAGAGCUUAAGCAGGCGUUGAGGGUAGCAAUUCAAUCAUCAAAGGAGGACUCGCCAGUGAAGCUAAUUAACAAGAGUCUUCCAAGAAUUGUGGAAGGAGGAAACUCAAUGCAAGUGAGCGAGGAAGUAAUGUUGGAGGGCUUCUUGCAAGUCGUGUCGGAGGCUAGACAAUCGACCCUCCAUUCGAAGUAUUCAAAGGCUGUUCUAUACCAUUUGGAAGGCAUCAUAAACCAGACCUUGUACAAGGAUUUCGAGAAUUGCUCGUUUCAGAAGAACGGAGCCCCAAAGCAUUUGAGUCCAGAACAAGAACGACACUCGCAAUUCUCAUCGUUUGCGGCAUUAAGGAGCCUUAGUUGGAAUGAAGUGCUAAAAAGGGGGACAAAGUAUUACAGUGAAGAGCUCAGCAGGUUUUGUGAUCAGAAAAUGAGUUCCAUAAUCACUGUCCUUAAGUGGAACAAGCAAUGGCCCGAGCGGCUUCUCCAAGCCUUCUUCGUGUCUGCUAAGUGCAUUUGGCUGCUGCAUUUGCUGGCGUUCUCAUUCUACCCGCCUGUGGUAUUCCUCAGAGUUGAAGAGAACAGACCAUUUGAUUCUCAUUUCAUGGAUGAUGUUUUCGGGGAUAGGCCAAAAUCUCAAGGUCCAAGUCGGGUUAAGGUCAUGGUCAUGCCUGGGUUUGACGUGCACGACAGAGUACUGAGGUGUAAGGUCAUGAGUAGGUACAAAUCAGCAGCCUAGAACUACUGCAUUUUUACAUUUCAUGGUCAUGGGAAUUGCUAUGCUAUCUAACCUAGCUUUAAGUAGUUCAAUUUUACUCUCUUCCUCCCAUAUCUUUCCUCCUAUUUUGAUUUUUGUAUUCAACGUUUUUUAAACUUUGAUCGCAAAUUAAGUAAAACAUAAAUUGAAUUGUGAUAU